AUGCAUCCAACAUCCCCCGCGACGUCAGCCGCCUCUGCACCAAGCGCAACAACUUCGUUUACAAAACGAGAAGUAAUUCUGCCCAUUUCAGCCCUGGGGAGUAUUCUUUCUGUGGCUCCCAACCUAGGAACGAGUGUACCUACUUUGCUUCCAAAACCCGCAACCAACACUCCUUCCAGACCUGUUUUGAGCAAUGCACAGCCCGUCACAUCCUUGGAGAAUGUGGUUUCAGUCAUCUCCAACUCACGACCAAGUCUGCAGGCAUCGAUCGUCCCGUCAGGUCCCAGACUCGACAUGAAUCAAAUUCAACAGUCGACCACUGGUCCAAUUCCUGAACUGGACCCACUGAUGGGGAUCGCCAUCAUAAACAGCACAACUGCCACCUUCAUCUCCCAAUUGGCCACAAAUAUCUCCGGUUCUCUAACGUCAGUCGCUGUAUCAUCUAUUGCUAGAGGCUCAAAUGCCGAAAUUCUGGCGUCGUUGAGAGAGGUAGCACAACUCUUGACAACGAUGUCAAGUCUAACAGCCAAUUUGAAUAACUCGGUGUCAUCUAUGAUCUCAAUCACGAAGAGUAGGUGUAGGCCUCCGACUCAGAUGGACUCUUCUGCAAUUAAUGUUACCGGUGAAGUUGGCAGUAGUUCUCAAGCUCCUGCACAAGGAACGCUGAAAGCCUUACUCACAAAACCAUCGCUUCAGGGCGAUAGCGAGGAAGAGAAUCGACCAACAGAUCAAGCCGGUGCUUUGGCAUCUGAAAAGGUAGCUCUACCACCUCGGAAGAAGUCCCGACGUAUUCUCUCCCACUCAACCACCUCGGAGCACACUAAUCAACAGAUUGGCGAGGGAAAGUAUGAAACGUGA